AGUAUCUUUUAUCACCGGAAGGAUGUUCUUGUGAAAUGAAAAUGAGUAUGAAAUCCUAUCCACGAGCGCUCAAUGGAAUUUUCUCCAGGCAUCUCUGCUAAAAUGCGCCGAAGCCGUCUCUUUCUGAGCAGAAAAUAUCAGCGAUGUCCGAGCAAAGCCCAACCGUUCAGAAGACCAAAAACACAAAAUAAUAGUAAUAAUGCUAAUAAUAUUAUUUAUUAGGAUAAAUUAUAUUAUAAGGAAUCCCAUUUUUCAUUUUCAAAAACUUUAUAGUAGAAAAUACAGAAAUUUAAGAUCAAAGCUGAAAUUAGUAGUAUUAAAAAAUAGAAAAAGCAAACGAAAACAGGGAGAAAGAGAGAUGGGAAGCACAAGCAGCAGCGCUGCUCUAAUCUCCCAUUUGCAGCUCAGCAAAAGCUGCUUCAAACUCGUCCAGUCAGCCAGGACUCAGCUCAAGCUCAACUCUCUUAAAUUCAGCCAUUCAAGGAGACGCAAGUUAGAAUUCGCUGCUUUGCGGAGCAGGAAAGGUUUUGGUAGAGCCGUUUGUUUCGCUGCCGUUGAUGAUGAUGUCAAAGGAAAUCGACAACAGGACUUCAGUAAAACGUGCAGCGAAGAUAGAGCUGAUGUGGCUAAUAUCUCAAUUGAAGAAACACCGCGAAGGUUCGAGCAGAAUACUGAAGGAAGUGCACUCUAUAAUCUUCUUUAUCCCAAUAAAGAUCUCCUCCCAGAUGAUAAAGAAAUGACUGUAUUUGAUCAUCUUGAAGAGCUACGUCAGAGAAUAUUUGUGUCAGUGUUGGCUGUUGGAGCUGCUAUGUUGGGAUGCUUUGCUUUUUCAAAAGAACUGAUAAUGUUUCUUGAAGCUCCUGUUAAAGCGCAGGGUGUACGAUUUCUGCAACUAGCUCCUGGCGAGUUUUUCUUCACCACUUUAAAGGUGUCAGGAUAUUGUGGCCUUCUUCUAGGAAGCCCUAUAAUUCUGUAUGAGAUUAUAGCCUUUGUUCUUCCGGGUUUAACAAGAGCAGAGAGAAGGUUUCUGGGACCUAUUGUAUUGGGCUCCUCAAUUCUUUUCUAUGCUGGUAUUGCUUUCUCCUACUCGGUUCUAACUCCAGCAGCCUUAAAUUUCUUUGUUACUUACGCAGAAGGGGUUGUGGAAUCUUUGUGGUCCAUUGAUCAGUACUUUGAGUUUGUUCUAGUGCUCAUGUUCAGCACAGGCCUGUCUUUCCAGGUUCCUGUUAUACAAUUUCUUCUUGGACAACUUGGUCUUGUGUCAGGGGACCAGAUGCUUUCCAUUUGGAGAUAUGUAGUGGUUGGUGCGGUUAUUGUAGCAGCUAUACUUACACCAUCAACAGAUCCUCUUACUCAGGUGCUUCUGGCGGCGCCACUUUUGGGUCUUUACUUGGGUGGUGCAUGGGUUGUUAAGCUUAUCGGACGGUGAUCACUUCACUAUCCAAAACUUCAGUGGGGAUUUUCGCAGCGGCCAGUGCAUUUCAAGCAUGCUCGUUUUGUAUAUUGUUAAAAAAAAUGAGACAUAACGACUGGGUGUAAGAUCAACCAGUAAAUUCUUUGUACUGAAUCUGUAUAAUCAUUGUAGAAAUAUAUAUGUCUUAAUUAAUGACAGCAACGUUCUGCAUUUUACUUGCUGACUC